AUCUCACUUAAAGAAAAGGCAGGAUCUCUUUCUCUGGAGAUUGCUCCUUUGUGGAGUUUACUGUGAGCCUCCAACAUCGAUAAGCGUUUUCCAUUUAUCAUGGAUAAUCUUUCAUACAAAACAUCUUGUGUAACCUCUGUUUACCUGUCAACUGUGCAUUUGGUGAGCCAGGCAGGCCAAACAGAUGUAAUGUCUUUCUUGUGAGGUAUCUAUAAAUGGGGAGAGAACAUCACUCCCUUAGAAAAAAUGAUCCCAGGGCAGAUCCUAGGGUUUAUGGGUUCUCCCUAUUAUUAACUGGCUACUGUAUUUGAAUAGUAAGGUCCCCUGUAGGUUAUGGAGAGCGCAGGUUCAUGCUUUCACCAAAGACAAAGGCUUAGGUGCACUUCUUAGAACUCAUUCACUAUAAAUAUAUAUCUUUUUCUAGUACUUCAGUAACUCUAUUACAUCUUUGUUUUACUUAUUUGCUUUGCAUUGUAUUUCAGUACCGUGUGUUUUGUUUGAUGUUGCAAGAAAUAACAAUCUGUUCCUGAGGCUUAGUAAACAGAAUAACUGGUUUAAUCUUAUUUAUUUUUUUUCCUUUUGAUUUCAGCUUGUCUUUCUAUGGGUACCUUUUAUUAAAUAGUGUUGCCAACAGACACUUAUCACAAUGAUAAGUGAACCAAGUGCUAUCACUGAAAUAGAGGGCCUGUGACCUUAUUACAGUAAAUAGAUUGCACUCAUGGUCACUGUUAUCCUCACUGGCAUCAUUGGAGCAAAGAUCUAGAAGCUGCUCAUGUUCCUAAGCAUGUGCAUCUUUCCUCUGGUUUGGUAUUUGUGCUUAUACUAGUGGCUGCAUACUAUUAAGCAAAUGUUAGAAAAGCCUCCUGAGAGCACGUGCAGGAAAGCCUAUACUUGUAUGUAGUUCUUGUACUUGAGUGUUAGAAGGUGGAAAGAUGUGUACCAGGUCCUUUGCUCUCACUAGGUGAACUACAACAUACAUACUGCAUCUUUUACAAACCAGUUUCAUCUCUGUACUUCCAUUUACUACUUGUUGCCUGCAUGUUACCCUGAAGUGUUCUCACUGCUCUUUCUAAGCCAGUGUACUCUGUGACUUUGUAGGCGCACAUUGUAUAACUGUGCUGUGAAUGUCCUAUCCCCUGUAAGCUGCCUAAUCCCGCACACAGGGGUGUCUGGAACAGUUACAUCCACCGGUCUCUUCUGGAGUGCCGUUCUGGGCAGAGGUGUCUGCCAGCCAAGGCAAAAAGCCUCACGUCAGGUCACACCGUGCUGCUGCAAAGCCAGGAAUGCCCGCAGAAGUGCCCCGUGUUCACCUGCACCAGGAAACGGCAGGAAUCAGCAAGGUAUGCCUUCGUUUCAAAGCGCCGACAGCUGCUACCGAACGUCACCUCCAACGCCUGCGCCAGCUAUUCUGCCAUUAAGUGAAGCGAUGCCCGGGAGGUCCGUGGUAUGUGAGGGGCAGCGGCCUUACGGGGUGGAAGCCCGAUCUAAGCAAAGGGCCUCCGCGAACAUGGGGUCAGCGCCGCGUUGAAUCGCUCAGUACCGGGAAGAAGCGCCCGGCGUCUGAGGGCGGCGGGGCACAGCGCGGGCGGUUCGGAAGGGCGUGGCCCCGCGAGUACAGGUGCGGCCGGAGGGGGCGCGGCCUCGGCCUCCCCUCAGGUGCGGGCGGCCCGAAGCGGCGGCGACGUCGCUCUCCCAGCAUGGCAGCCCCCGGCGGUCUGGGCCGCUGCGUGGUCGCUUUCUGGCUGGCGCUGGCGUUCGACGCGGUGGGUUUGGCGGUGCUGCUGGCCGGGGUAUUCGCUGACGUGUUCUUCGCCGAUUUACUCAUCUACGCGGGCGGCAUCGGCAUCUUCCUCAGCCUCAUCUGGUGGGUGUUCUGGUACGCGGGCAACCUGGAGGUGUCGCCAGAGGAGCUGCUCGACGACGUGGGGCUGGCGUCGCCCAAGGGCCGCGGGGACAGCGUGCUGCGGGGUUUGGUGCACGGCUUCAGCCUCCGCCUCUCUUCGGUUCUCGGCACCGCGUCUCGUUCCCGCCGCGCCGCCGACCUGGAACUGCAGCGCGCCCGCUGCCCGCCGCGCCACUACGAUGGCAGUAGGAUCUGCUGAAGACAAACCUGUUGAAGAUAUUGCCUUUAAAAGACGUGAAACUGCUACACAUGAUGGAAGGAGAAGUCUGUACUCCACGCAGUAGGAUUUCUUCAUUAUGGAAUAAUUUCUGCAACCACAGUGGACUGUGUAUGAAAUGGAUGCAUAGACCUAUAUCUCUGCCAAAUGCACCUAUUUUGGUGUUGGACUGGAUCUCAUCUGGUUGUUGGUUUUUUUUUUUUUGUUUGUUUGUUUAGUUGUUGUUAUUUGUUUGUUUUGUUUUACCAUCUCAAAACUUAAGUUUGAUCUUCCAAGAAAUGAGAACUAAAAAGGAAACAAACCCAAUUCACAGAAAAAAAUCACUGCAGCAUGUUGUGCGUAGAUAUCUUUCAUAAUGACCUAGGAAUGUUUGGAUAAAAAGCUUUUGCACUGUUUUUCUGGAAGUAAAACUCGCUGUGAAUUUUUAUGUCAGUGCAAUACUUUUAUUUGUAAGGGUGCUUUUAAAAUACCUGUGUAAAACUGCUAGUGCAAAGUUAUGAAUACAGAAGUUGUUUAUAGUGUAAAUACAUAAUUUACAGUGACUCCUGUGAAGUUUCAUCAUUAUCUGGGAAUAACUUGGAAUUUGAGGUUUUAUAAGUACAGAAAUAAAAAUAGUGAUGCUAGCAUUCCAAUUCUUUCUUCAUAGUUGCACAUAAUGCAAUAUGGUGUCUUUAAGAGGAGGCUUUUAAAUCCAGUUACGUAUGAAGUAAAGCUGAAGUAUUAAAAAACAACUGUAGGCUUACAUGCACUCUGAUGCUUUACAAAAUAUUACCAAAUUUACACAUAGAUGCAAUUGAAAUUAGAAGAAGCAUGUAUAAAAGAUUAAUAUUAAAGGUAAUGAUACCUAAAACUCAAGUAUGUGAUAAAUUUUUGUGUUCUUUUGUUUCUGCACUAACACGAAGAGUCUGAGAUCACCACUGACAAAUGCAGUAGACUUUGCAUUUUUUAAUGCAUCAUUGUUUUUAUGCUGCACCUUACUGAAUACUAAAGGUAUAUUUAACAGGUGAGUUUACUCAGAAUACUGUGGCUGCACUUCCUUGUGCAUCCACUAGAUAUCUUUCUAUGCUCUCUUGAAAAUUAUUAGAUUCACUUCUAUAUGUAUUCUGUUUAUUUAAAUAUUUUCCAAAUGCUGUUAGUCUUUAAAUAAGUUCAUGUAGACACUAGACGUGAAAAUCUAUAAUCUCUUUACUAAACAGAGAAUUUAGGAGUUAGAGCUGUAUCCUCCUUUUAGAGAUCUGCAAUGUGACACCACUGUUAUUACAGUGGUCUGAUUUAAAAAAAACAAAGCCCUCCUCCCUAAAACCUAUAUACUAUGGUUUCAAUGUCAUUUCCAAGACAAUUUUUCAUUUCUCUGAAAAUGUUAUAGAGAAACCAACAUGUUUUCAUGUUCUGAAAAGUUAUUUUUCCUGACUUCCCUGUAGCUUCAAUUGUUAAACUGAGGUGAGUAGAGUAGCAGCUAUAAAUUAACCUAAAACUUGUGUGCAGCCAUUCGCAUACUAGCUCUGACAGUUUUCUCUAAUUUAGUGUUGCAAUUAUAGUUAUCAAAGUAAAUUGAGUACAGCUUUAAGUUUACCGCAAAUUACAAUGAAUCUUCUACCCAGUAUCAGAUACUUAGUGACUGUGAUGGAUGGUUGUUAGAAUGCCAUUUGGCUGCUGACAUGUCACUCAAAUUAUAUGAGGUUCAAAUGUUUACAAUUAUGAAUAGUAUGUACAAUUUAAUUUUAAAUAUAGGAGCUGGCACAUCAAAAAAUAAAGACUGUGUUCUUCGUGGAG